GUUUUUUAUCGGAACAAAAAUGAGACAAAAACAUGCUCUCGUUUGCAUUUUGCUGAGCGACUCUUGACGAUCGUCAGUUGAGGAUUUGUCUCAGCGCGAGACAGUUAAACCUCGAGUUUUCCGACAUUUCGUGCCUCAGCAUGGACCCGAAUUGUCCCAUGCAUGGCUACAAUGCUCAGGGACGGCCACCGGUUUGUCCCUUACACGGGGCAUCAGGAGGAAUGUGGAAUGGAGCUUUCGCCCCUUUCGGAGAUCGAGUGGAAAUCGCUCCUUCACUUGGUCCAAACUCGGGCGUUCGUCAACAGCCACCACCUUCGAAUUCGUAUUCCAGGCCCACGGUAUAUUCCAAUCAAACGCAUCAGCCGAUGGCUCAGCAGCAGACGCGGUUCCACAACAACUUCGGUGCCUUCGCACCAGAACGCUCGGGCGCUUCCAUCUGCACCGCAUGCGGCGGCGUAAGCCAGGCUUACGGGAACCACGAAUUUGACAUGAGCUUCCCGGACUUUCCGAGCGAGGCGCCCAGGUUCGGCUACGGUGAGCAGCAGCCUUCCUUCGGCUCAGGCUAUCGCAGCGGGGCGCAAUCUACCAAUCCGAGCGCAGCCAGGGUUCGCUACGGCGGGACCGGGAAUUCUACCGGGUUUGCUGGGGGAAGCUCGUACUCCAGGCCUGGGGCCAGUUAUCCGCGGAGCAACUCGGGAUCCGGUGCCAACUGCGGGCCGAGUGGAUGAUAGAGCGCUUCGGCUCGAUUUCGGCGCUUUACGCGUGCUGUGCGAGCUUUCAUGCGCAAGCUUUCGAAUUCACUUGUCCCAACUGAUGACGUUGGCGAGGUUCAAUACGUUUUUGUACGCCCGCUAACAGAUGCGAGGUGGAUUUCGUAGGCUUUUUGUUCUGUUUUUUUCUCUCUGAAAGUUAGCGUCAUUAGUUCGACAAGGUUCCUGACUGGAGUCGAUCUGUUGAUUUAUCGUCCAGAAGCAUUCGCAGGAAGAAUCGAAGUCCCAUAUUUCGCGUUAACGUUGAAAGUCGCCGCACCAAACUUAUAUUUUCGAGUGUCGCAAUGUUUCCCAAGCUUGAUUUUAGAGGUUCAUCGUUGAUCACGUUCGCUCUGAAAGCCGUUGGUUCGUACCUGGCUGAAGGAGGAUCACUUCUGCUUUUCAUUAUGUACCCGAUUGUUUACCAUAUCGUGGGUUCAACGGGCAAGAAACUGGAGGCCUUGUUACGUCUCUUGAGCUUCCGUGGAAACUUCAGCUAAUGCAGAGGGGGCCUGGAAUUCAUUCAAGGUAUUGUUUGCCGAAGAAGUCCCACGAGUUUUCUUGAUUUUUUCAAAAAUGUACGCACAUAUGAAACAAGGGAGAGUAGCGACAUUUAAAUUCCCAUGGAGAACCCUCAUCUAUUUUACGGCAGGAUUUAAUUUUCUGUCUCUUGGAUCAGUUUUCAUACGAUUUCGGUUGCGCAGACGUUCUUCGUUUAUGGAGUUACAGAUUACAGAUACAUAACGCACGUCGACGAACCUAUGUCUUAAUAUUCCACGCUCUGGUAGGAUAUAAACUAUAAUUGUUGAAAAUAAAAAUUUUAGAACACCUCUUGAGCCCCCGUGUUGAUUCGUUAUAUGAAGCGCCAACAUGUUUCCGGGAAUUUUUCAGGAAAGGACUGUUAGCCUGGUACGCAAGCCAGACGUAUUCUAAUCAUUUUCACGGAAUUUCCCUCCGAAUUUUUUAUCUGUAGUAUCUGUAAUCGAGUGAGCACGGUACUCGCCGAAUCCCAAUUUUUUUCAUUUGUACGUUGAACGGUGAGCAGGGUUUUUCGUGAUAAUUUUGAGCAGAUGACCAUUUUGAAGCUUUGAUGUGGUUUAUAGUGGCAUUCUUUGGUUCCGCUCGAAUGAGGAAAAAUAAAAUCGUUCGAAGUCCAAGAA